UGCUUUUGGAAACCCCUGAGUGUCCGGAGGCGCCGCCAUAGUGACACAGAAGGGAGCGGAGAGGGAGCGUUGUAGAUUUUCGAAGAAGCGGUCAACAGUUGUUAACUUUCUUCUUGUGAACUACAGCCAGGGGAUAUAGACUGUUAUUUCUUUUUUUUUUGGUGGGGGGGUUGUAUGAGGGUAGAUGUGUUUUUGUGAAAUACCGUAGGGUUAUGGAAUUGUUUGUAUUGCCAUACGGAGCCGGCGCUGUUGAUAGCCGUCUUUGUUUUGGUGGAGAGAAAGGGAGGCCAUUUUAGGCCUCGCUCUCUCUUUUUUUUUUCUUUUGUUUCAUUUUCGACAGUGGACUGAACGGAUCCUUCUUGGGAGUGAAGGAGGGGGACUGCGCACUUCCGUUUAUCGUUCCUAAGCCUGGAUCAAUCCUAUUUUCGCUUGCGCUGUCGUUUCGGACUUGUCGGAUCAGCCCCGUGGCGAAGCCAGAGACUUGGCGAGCCCGCCCGCCAUGCCGGCCUGUCUGCGCGGACUCUGAAGCAAACCGACGCCGCAAGGCCCGUUUAGAGACCGCGGCUGCGGGACCGUGCGCCGUUGACGGUUGGAUGUUUUUUAAGCCAGCCUUUGCCGAAGAAAAUUCAUUUGGACGUUUUGUCUGAAGGAGAUCUGGGACCCCGUGACGGGGGGUGGGGGGGUGUUCUGAAUUAUGGUGGACUUUCAACAUCUACUCGUAACAUUGCCGUAUGACUACUAAAACUGAUGGUCUUGUGCUUGUUGUGGUAGCGCCCGUUACGUUACAGUAACUCAUGAUUUCAAUUAAACCCGUUCAUUUAGCUGAUCUGUGCUAGAUUCUGUGGCUCCGCGGAUGUGAAGCGUAAUGCCAUAUCGUCUUCUAGCGAGCGGAAAGGGCACAUUAUCUGACACACCUGAUUGUACGUUCUUAUUUUGUUUCCCUGUACGAACCAGGGUAGUGUAAUCUGCUAUAACAAUGUCUUGUGUCCAUUAUAAAUUUUCUUCUAAACUUAACUAUGACACGGUCACGUUUGAUGGCCUGCACAUUACGCUGUGUGACCUGAAGCGGCAGAUCAUGGGCCGAGAGAAGCUGAAGGCUGCGGAUUGCGACUUGCAGAUCACUAACGCGCAGACCAAGGAAGAGUACACUGACGAUGGCGCCCUUAUCCCCAAGAAUUCCUCCGUCAUUAUCAGAAGGAUUCCUAUUGGUGGGGUCAAAACUGCAAGCAAAACAUUUGUCAUUGAUCGUUCUGAACCUCCAAGUGGACCUUCAAAAGCAAUUGAUGAUUCUGCAGCUUCUAUUACUCUGGCCCAGCUAACUAAGACUGCCAAUCUGGCUGAAGCAAAUGCAUCUGAAGAAGAUAAAAUUAGAGCUAUGAUGUCACAGUCUAACCACGAAUAUGAUCCAGUCCACUAUAUGAAGAAGCUUGUGGGACCUCCUCCACCAAACUACACCUGCUAUCGCUGUGGAAAGAAUGGCCACUACAUUAAAAACUGCCCCACUAAUGGGGACAAAAGCUUUGAGGCCCCCCCGAGGAUAAAGAAGAGCACAGGAAUUCCUCGCAGCUUCAUGGUGGAGGUGGAUGACCCCAGCAUGAAGGGAGCGAUGCUUACGAAUACAGGCAAAUACGCCAUUCCCACCAUCGAUGCAGAGGCGUAUGCCAUCGGGAAGAAGGAGAAGCCCCCUUUCCUCCCACAGGAGCAGUCUUCAUCCUCCGAGGAGGAGGACCCAGUGCCCGACGAGCUGCUCUGCCUCCUCUGUAAAGACCUGAUGACCGAUGCUGUGGUCAUUCCCUGCUGCGGGAACAGCUACUGUGAUGACUGUAUUAGGACUUUUCUUCUGGAUUCCGAUGAGCAUGUGUGCCCUACCUGUCAUCAGCCAGAUGUUUCUCCUGAUGCCUUGAUUGCUAACAAAUUCCUACGACAGGCUGUUAAUAACUUCAAGAACGAGACUGGCUACACGAAGCGGCUUCGGAAGGGGCAGGCUCAGGUGGCGCCACCAGUGAUGCCGAGCCAGCCCAGGCCGCCAGUGCAGCGCCCAGCCCAGCCUCCACUCAGACUUCCCACGUCGAGGCAGCAGGACCCGCUGAUGGCCAACAUCUCCCGCCCCGCCGCGUCGGCCACGCCCCCCCCGGCCGCCCUGGCCAACCUGCUGCCGCCUGUGACCCAGCAGCCGCCGCCCGCCCUGCCCCCCUCUGCCCACGCCGGCGCGGCCUCCCUGCAGGUGAACCAGGUCAGCAGCGGGGCCGCGGCAGCAGAGGUGUCCACUUCCUCGCCCUCCCCCCAGCCCCUCGCCAAGCAGGAGGAGCCAGCCGUGGCCAAGGAGCCUGAGAAGGUUGUCGUCAGUGCGGCCCCAUCUGGUCCAGUUUCAUCAGAUCCAUCUCUGACCCCUUCUAUUAUACCUAAGGGGUUUCAUGUGCCAGUGAUUGGACACCCUCACUCCCUCGGGCACUCAAUUCCUACAACAGGACAGCCAUUACGAUCUAACCCUCCCCGAUCUGGAGGCAGCAGACCCGCCUGGGAGACGUCUUCCAGCAGAGGCAGGCAGCACGGCGAGCGCCCCCCGCGAGCUCCGGCCGCCACCGCCACCGUGGCUCUCCCGACAGCUGCCCAGGCCUACGUGCCCCCCUCCCACUUCGCCCCGCCGGCUCACCCGAUGCCCCAGCCGCCCGGUGUGACGCCCCAGCCGUUCCCGAUGCAGUACGCCGCGGGGCAGGCCCCAGCGGCCGGCUACCCCUUGCCCCCUCCGGUGUACCCUCCUGCCCCGGCCACGGUGGCCACCCCCUGGGCCCCUCCCGGGACCCCGGCCGUGAUGCCCAGCACAUUGCCUUCCCUGACCCCGGCCCCCUUCCUCUCCAAGGAGGAGUUCUACAGGCAGCAGCGGCGUCUGAAGGAAGAUUCCCACUGUCGAUUCGUUGCCAGGGAGAAGUCCAAGCUUGAGGAGUUUACUAAUGACUUUGCAAAAGAGCUUCUGGAGUACAGAAAGAUUCAAAAGGAAAGGAGACGCUCUUACUCAAGGUCCAAAUCCCCCUACAGCGGCUCGUCCUACAGCGGCAGCUCGUACUCCUACUCCAAAUCCCGGUCCCGCUCCCGCUCCUCCCGCUCCUACUCGCGCUCCCUGAGCCGCUCCCGGUCCCGCUCGCGCUCCCGCUCCCGGUCCUACUCCCGCUCGCCGGCCUACCCCCGGCGCGGCGGGCGGGGCCGCAGCCGCAGCUAUCGCUCCAGGUCCCGCUCCCACGGCUACCACCGCUCUCGAACCCGCUCCCCGGCUUACAGGGGAGGGGGCGGCGGAGGAGGAGGAGGAGGAGGAGGGGGAGGAGGAGGAGGAGGAGGUGGGGGCGGCGGCGGCAGUGGAGGGUAUCGGUCCCGCUCCAGGUCUCCGGGCGGUUACAGGGCCCACAGCCCCAGCAAGAAACCGCUGCCCCCCUCGCAGCCUGAGCCCGACAGGAAAUUCCUGAACCGCUACCGAGAGGUGCCGCCCUAUGACGCCAAGGCCUACUACGGCCGCUCGGUUGACCAGAGAGACCCGUUUGAGAGGGAGAGGUACAGGGAGUGGGAGAGGGAGUACCGGGAGUGGUACGAGAAAUACUUCAAGAACUACAGCAACCCCGCCGGCAACCUGCCCAGGGUGCGGGCACCCCAAGCCAACCGAGAGCACUUCACGCCCGAGAGGUUUGCUGCACCCAGGCCCAGGGAUAACUCCCCGUAUGGCCGGGGGCGAAGAGAGGAAUACCCGCCUUCCGGCCAGAGUCAUGGGAACCCUCCGAGGGGCCGAAACGUGCCGCAGACCUACCAAGAGAAGUUUGCUUUCAAAGAAGCUCACAGCUUGGCAGUCGCCACUGCUUGCCCUGCCCGGGGUGGCAGCAGAGAGCCCCGGAAAGCUUCGAAAGAGAAAGAAAUCGGUGGCAAUUCUGCCGCAGACCCCAAAGGCCUUAAACACAAGAAGCACAGAAAGAGGAGGAAGGGUGAGGAAGGCGACAUGUUCCCUCAGUCUGACACCCUGGAGGGCUCUAGGAAGUCGGGAGCUGGGGAUGAGGGGAAAGGUGAAUCCAUGCUGAUGCCCCCGAGCCGUGACGACGCCACUCCCGUCAGGGAUGAGCCCAUGGAAAGCUCUUCUCUGCCUUACAAAGCCACCUCGGACAAGGACAGGAGGGAGAAGUCUAAGGGCAAAAGCGAGAAGCCGAAACGCAAGCCGGAAACCAGCACAGUGAAGAAGGAAUCCUCAACGGCUAAGGUGGUGAAAUCGUCCAGGGACAAGCAAGCAGAGACGGACCGUGACAAGUCUCCCCGCAUGGAGCCAGCGGUCAAAAAGGCGAAGGAAGAUUCGUCCCAGAAAGCGGAUGCCUCCAAGCAGCACGCGUCUCAGCGAGAGGACAAAGGCCCCCCUUCCCGGAGAGCAACGCAGAAGCCGGCCAAGCAGCUUCAGGAGCCCAAGAGCUCCAAAGAGGAGGUGAAGGCGAAGAAGGAGUACGUCAAGGAAAGCACCAAGCAUGACAAGCCUCCCGCCAAGGAGGAGAAGCCCAAGAGAGAGGCUGAGAAGUCGACCAAAGCUGAGGAGAAACCCUCCAGCAAAACGGUGGAUGUGAAACCAGAGAAACGGAAAAGGAAAGAGGAGAAGAGCACCGAGAAAGACCCGGGCGCCCCUCCCGUGAAGUUACCCAAGGUUGAGGCGGCCGAAGGAGCGAAGCAGUCGCCGAGGCCGAAGCCCGAGCCGGAGGGCGAGAAACCGUCGGAGAAGGAGAAGGAGAAGGCCGUCUUGAAAUCGCCGACGGAGAAUGAGGAGAAGCUGGCUCCCGCCAGGAAGAUCAAAAUCAACCGCGAGAUGGGCAAGAAGAUCGUGCCCGGGGAGAGUGCGGCGGCGGCGGAAGAGCCAGCUGAGGUGCCUGGGAAGGCAAAGCCCGAGAAGGCGAAGGCCAAGGUCCGCCGGAAGGUCCAGGCAGCUGAUGGGACCUUCUCCCUCUUGGUGGAUUAUACCAGCACGAGUUCCACUGGGGGAAGUCCCAUUAAAAAGCUCGAAGAAAAAGUGGACGCGAAGAAAACGGUAGUGAAGACUUUGGAAGAGUACACCAACGACAGCUCGACCCCUGCAGAAGACGAGAUAGUCAUGAUCCAGGUCCCCCGUUCUAAAUGGGAGAAGGAAGACUACGAAUCUGAGGACGAGGAGGCCAAGUCGUCGGCCCCCCCAGCGGACGCCAACCCCGGCGCCCCGGCUACCGUGAAGCCUGCAGCUGUGAAACCGACCGCCACUGUGAAACCAGUCGACAGGGAGUCUCCCAAGCUAGACAAGGCCCCCCCAGCGCCGAAGGAGACCCCUGCCCAGGAGCCCCCGCCGGAGAGCAAGCCCACCAAGCCCGCAGCUCAGGGAGACAAGGAGAAGGAGAAGGAGAGGGACAGGGAGAAGGGGAAGGAAAAGGAGCGGAGCGCCUCGGACAGGGACGCCGCGGAGAAGAGGAAGUCGGCUACCUCUCACGCGGAGAAGGAGCGGGUCCCGGAGCGCAGCAGCGAACACGGCAGCGAGAAGAGCACCUCCUCCGCCUCGCACUCGUCCUCUAAGGACAGGGCUCCGGACAAAGGCGAGAGCGCCGCUCGGAAGCCGGCGAGCAAGGACUCCGCCGCUGCCGCCGACAGGAAGACGGAGCACAGCAGCAGCUCGAGAGACUAUUCCAGCUCCAAAAGGAGGGAUGAAAAGCCUAGAGAGUCUACAAAGAGGAGGGACUCCCCUCUCUCCCCCAAGGAUCACGUACCCCCUCCAAAGAGCAGAGAGCGGGAGGCGCACGUCGACACUGUGAAGAAAGGAGCCGCCGAACCAAAGAGGACAGAGCACAGCCCCGCGAGGGACAAGAGGGUCCACCCUGACCACAAAGCAGCCCCAGACUCCAAGCGAACGGGGCCAGAGGAGCACCGAUCGGAGAGGCCGGCCGGCAAGGACGCCAGCCGGCACUCGGAUCCGAGGAGCACCAAGGACCGGGAUCACGGCGCUCAGAAGCCAGCGCACAGGGCGGCCUCCCCGGAGCUCAGAUCGGAGGGCGAGAGGGCGGGCGGCCGAGGGGACCGCGAGCACGGCAAGACCAAGGUCCCGCUGGUCCGCUCCGCGCGGCUGUCCACCGACCUGGCCCGGGAGACGGACGAGGCGGCCUUCGUCCCGGACUACAGCGAGAGCGACAGCGACAGCGAGGCCUCGGAGCCCGACGGCAAGGCCGAGCAGAGGGCGAAGGAGAAGGGCUUGGAGAGCAGCCCCAGCGCCAGCCCCUCGGGGAGCCAGGCCCGGAGCAGCAGCGCCAGCUCCACCGGCAGCCAGGACAGCAAGAAGAAGAAGAAGAAGAAGGACAAGAAGAAGCACAAGAAACACAAGAAACACAAAAAACACAAGAAGCACGCUGCUAACGAGUCCGAGUCCGAGAUGAAGGGACAGAAACACAAGCAUAAGAAAAAGAAGUCCAAAAAGAGCAAGGACAAGGAGAAAGACAAGGAGAAGGAGGACCAGAAACCGAAAGCGGCCGUAUGAGACCUGCUAGAGGGAAUGGACUCGGGUCUGCUCACGUCAUUUUUGUAACAAUAUCAGUAUGUUGUACAGAGAAUUCUGCUUUGUAAAUAAUCAGAGGGAUAAAUGCACCGCAUGUAAAAAACAAAACAAAAAAACAUCGCUCCAUAGCUUUUUUUUUAUUUCGAUAAAUGGGGAUUAUAAAUAAAUAAAAAAAAUGUACAGAAAUGAAUUUGGCCGUACAGAGGGUGUCACGAAAGAAAGUUGCAGUAUUUAAGAGGUUUCCCACUCGGAAGGCUGAGGGUUAUAACACGUCAGAUUUUUGCUUUUAAUUUUUAAGGCGUUCAGGCAAAUAUUAUUUUUUUUAGGGAAAGGAUCUUCAGUGCAAAAGAUAUUUUAAGUCCCCCUGAAGGGAUCUCUCCUCCCAGAUGGAAUUCUGUUUUUAACACCCAUGUGUGUACUACUUCUCCAGUAGAAUAAAAAUAAGAGCCUGGUGAAAGCACUUUAUAGACAGAACGGUGUUACGACAGCCUGAUGGAACAAAGGCGAUUAUGUACCUCAUGUUUGAAAAGAGAUUUCAACUAAUUACAUCUUUUCUAUGUGAUAUGUAUGGCAAUAAUCUUAUCAUCUGGAAUGGAUCUUGUUUUAAUGAUUUACUGGCAUCAUGCACAUCCCUAAGAUAAACAAGUGGGAGUGGGGAUCUACUGUACUGUGAAUUUUUUUUUCUCCACAUUUUGUAUUGCCUCAGUGGAAGGGCUUUCGUUUAAACGGCUAUCAACUGAAUUCUAAAGAAAAAAAGGGCCUUUCUAUGUCAUUUUGAUUGUAAUAAAAUUUUUUCAGCAUUUAA